GAAGAAGAAGAAGAAGAAGAAGAAGAAGAAGACGUUAGCGCACUUAAAUGACGCUUCUCAAUGCGACGGAGAAUACUUGAAGGACCCUGCUCUAUGUAAUCGCAUACGCUCAACUUCGAGUAAUAUUACAGACAGAGGGGAAGUUUUGCGAAAACUGCUCAUCAUUUGUUGGUUUACGAUUUUUACAUAUUAAGCAGACAUGUCGUGUUUAGGUGGUGAUCCCAACUUCUGCCCAGAAUGUGGGAAUGUUCUUCCUCUUCCCGGAAUACAGGACACGGUCUAUUGCCCUCACUGCUCCUUCUUCAUCCCUGUAGCAGAGUUUUCAGGUCAAGAGAUCCAAUCUACAGUUAUCUUUAACCUUGUGGAGCAGUCGUCAGUGGCUCUGGAUGAAGAUGAGGACACUGAACUAAAGGGACCUGUGAUUGACAGACGGUGCUCUCAUUGCAAUAAAGAGGGAAUGGUUUACCACACCAGGCAGAUGAGAUCUGCAGAUGAAGGACAAACUGUCUUCUUUUCCUGUAUACACUGCAGGUAUCAGGAGAAGGAGGACUCCUGAGAGAAAUCUGCUUCACCUUCUCCACUCCUCUCCAUGUCUGCUUGUGUUGGUUUCAGAUGUUUGGAUGCUUUCUCAAGACAUGGACUAAUUUUAAUGGAUCCUUUACAGCUAGGUUUUCCAGGAUGUGGACUGCAGAGUAUAUCAGUGACUGUGCCUUCCUGAGCUCGAAUUAGCUCACUAGUGCACAUACCUCUGCCAACAGCCAUCAGCCACCAACCCCUGAGUCAGCACCAAAUUUGUAUUGUUUCUAUAUUGGUUUGCAUAUGUCUGUUGACAAUCAAACAAAUAAAUAAAUGGACCAGAGGGAGGGAAAAUGUAAACUUCUUGGCAGAGGUAAUUAUUACCAUUCACGCAGUUAAAUUUGACUAAAUAAUCUCCACUCAUUAUUAUUCACUUAAUAUCUUUUUUUCUAAAGCUUUCGUUUGCAUUUCAGGUUCAUCAUCACUGUUUUCUGUUUUCAUUGAAAAAGUAUAACUCAGUUGUAAAUGAUGAUGAAUGCUGUGAAAACCAAAUUUUAUUUUGGUUCAUUUAUAAUGUUUAUUAUAAAAUGUUAUUAAAACUCUAUUAUUGUGCUGCUUGCUUGUGUGUCUGAUGUUUCAUCCUUGAGUGAGACUGGUCUUGCAGCCUACCAGGAUGUGUAGCAGGAGUUGGGCAUAGAGGGCAUGUGGGAUCGAUACAAGGCUUAGAUUCUUGGGAGAUGGCAGGCCAUCAUAGGCAGCAUUGAUGGUGAGGCUUGCAGAUGUAUUUCACAGGUCUUUCCUGGAGAUUUUUCCUUUCUUCACUCUUUUCCUUUCCUCCUCAUCCAUUAAUCUAGUCUAAACCACUUCCCCCUAGACCUUGCCACCUCAUCCUGGUGCACACAGUACCACAUGAGGUGUGGUCGAAGCCAAAGUAAUGUGUAGUAGUGACUGUGUUGCCGAAGCAGAAAAGAGGAAAGAGAAAUUGUUGAUGUGUGAUGAGGUCAAUAAUGUUUGUUUCUAAUCAUGGGAAAUAAAGUGUAAUGUCUACUCAUGUUCUGA